CAGGUGGUGACCUCGUCGGUUUUCGCGACAGUUCAGCGGCCGCCUGAUGUGGCAAGAACACCUGUUUCGUCCUGUGUUCUGCCACACGCUCGCUCACAACACUGACGCCACGCGUGGGCUCCUCCACCCGAGCCGACCGUGGGCGGGUGGCCUGCAAUUUCACUCCAUCUGCGUGGAGAGGGCGUCACGUCGCAUAGGUCAGGGUCUCACUCCUAUAAGACCGUCCAGCCUGCUUCACACAGCACUUGUGCUGCAGGUCCCCAGGUUGCCCAAAACUUCUGUUCGACCUGCUGGGGUCUGGUCUGGGUGGGCACCCUCCCCCCAACCCCCCACCCCCGCGAAGAUCCCACCCGGGGCGGAGCUCGGCCCCCAGGAGCACACGCCCCUCCUCUCCACAGGCAUUGACGUUUUGUACUCUGGCUCCCAGAAGGUCCUGAACUCGCCUCCAGGGACCUCGCUCAUCUCCUUCAGUGACAAGGCCAAAAAUAAGAUUUACACUCGGAAGACGAAGCCCGUCUCCUUCUACCUGGACAUGAAGUGGCUGGCCAACAUCUGGGGCUGUGACGGCAAGCCCAGGAUAUACCAUCACACGACCCCUGUCGUCAGCCUGUACAGCCUGAGAGAGAGUCUGGCCCUCAUAGCGGAACAGGGCCUGGAGAAUAGCUGGCGGCAGCACCGGGAGGUGACGGCAUAUCUGCAUGGGCGCCUGCAGGGGCUGGGCCUGCAGCUGUUCGUGAAGGAUCCAGCGCUCCGGCUGCCCACUGUGACCGCGGUGGCCGUGCCCGCUGGCUACGACUGGAGGGACAUCGUCAACUAUGUCAUGGACCAUUUUGACAUCGAGAUCACCGGCGGCCUUGGGCCCUCGAUGGGGAAGGUGCUUCGCAUCGGCCUGCUGGGCUGCAACGCCACCCGGGAGAACGUGGACCGAGUGAUCCAGGCCCUACGGGAGGCUCUGCAGCGCUGCUCCCGAAACAAGCUGUGACCUGGCUGCCUGUGUCCCGCCCUCCCGGAGGGGCCGGCCGGAGGCACCAGGAGCGAACAGACUGUGCUGUCGGUCAGGGCCCCCGGGGGGCAGGAAGGCUGCCGUCCCGGCCCCAGGAAGUCCUUCUCCUUUCGAGCGGCACCUCCUGGAAGCGGACCACGUGGGCUCGGGACCCACGGCACCUCCCAAACGAGCUGCAACCCCCACAGGCCCCUGGCAGGUGGACACUCAAUAAAGAAUCGUCGGUCAUCUGUC